AUGAAAACCACGUUGUGGAUGUCAAUGUGGGGUGUGGCUGUUGCUGUAUCAAUGUGGGCAAAGAAAAGGGCCAAUGAUGGUCUCAUAAGCAAUGAAAUAUUUGUCUAUCGUGGUCUUGAUUAUUAUGGUUGUGAAAUGGCACGUCUCAUUGAAAACACACCUAAUUUUCAACAUACAGUAAGUGCCAAAAUCAUUCUACCAGCAAUUGAAUAUGUUGAGAGAUUAGAUGAAAAUCAAAAUAAUCAAACAGAUAUUUUACUUAAAGGUACACUAAUUAGUAUAAAAGAUCAAAUUAAUCAAAAGUAUGUAGAUUCAUCAAUGGGUAUGACUAUGAGAAAUUUUCGAUCAGCAUUAAAAGAUAAACUUAUUAUUCAAUUUAUUAAACAGCAAGAUACACUUGCUGUUUUUGUACGUACAGCAACUAUACAAAGCAUGAUGUUACCUGAUAUUGGAGGUGAAAAUUGUAGAGUAGCAGUUAAUCCUUUCGAUCGAACACAUACAAGAGGUGGUAGUUCUGGUGUUUUAAUAUCUUCUCGCGAGUGUCCAAUAGGUAUUGGUCGAGAUAUUGGUGGAAGUAUACGUAUUGUUGCAUAUUUUUGUAGUGUAUUUGGUUUUAAACCAACACCAGGAUGUCUUACAGGUAAAGAUUUAGCUGUUCCAAGUCUUAAAAAUGAAAUGAGUGAGAAACGGAGGGUAAUAAAUAUUCGUUCAAUUGUUGGUCCAUUAGCUCGAUGCACUGAUGAUAAUGUUCUAAUUAUGCGUUCAUUUUUACAAGCAAAUAUCUGUCGCCAAUUUCUUGAAUCGUUAGACAAUGAAGCAAUAAAUCCACUUUAUAUGCCAUUAUUUCAAGCUACAACACUUCCAAAUUUUCCACGUUUAUUUAUGGCUUGUUUAAUGCGUAUAUUUGGUGAACGAUGUAAUGUUCAUAUUGUUCAAUCAAUUCAUUCCAAAACUACCUAUGAAUAUUUUCAUUUACUAACACUCGAUCGAUUUUCGUCAGGUUUGGCUAUUGUUUAUCCAUUUAUAAAUGAUAUCAUUGAACGUGCGUUAGUUAUUAUCAAUCACGAUCAGUUUCAACAGCAGGUUCUAAAUGAACUGUGUGCUCAAGUUGUUAAAAGUCGUACAAAAGAUUGUAAUGAAUUACAACAAUUUGUUAAAGAACGUUGUACUCAACUGAAAUUACAAGUUUGUGUCGAUACAAUAAAAGUGCCUAAUGUUCUUAUGCAAUGUGCUGUAUUCAAGUACAAUGAAAGUCAACCAUGUCAAAUAUUCAUUAGUAUCUUGAAAACAAGAACAAGCAACAAAUCAACAAAAGAAAUUGGUGAUAUGGGAUAUGGUGGCGAAGAAAUUCUUUUAGGUGGUCGAUUAUUUCCUAUAUUAGACAAUUCAAGUGAUAAAGAUUUCAAGAUCAUCGGGUUGCGUCUAGAUGUACAUGAAAAAUCGUCGAUUGCAUCCAGUAAAUAUACUGUUGAUUUAAAUUUUAUUGAUACAUUGUUUGAUAUCGAUAAGCUGAAAGCAAUCAAUGAUCUUAGUCAACUGACAAUUAAAUUGGAUAAUCCACUUGAAGCUAAUCGACAAACAAAAACUAUAUGUCAUACUGGUCCAAUUCGUUCAAAACGUCCAAAACUUCGACGAGCUGAUUCAGAUUCAUCAUUGUUGUCGACUAGCCUCAGCAGUAGCACCUCUAUUGAUUCGGAGGAUUUACAUAACAUCGAUCCAAAUGAUCCAAAUGUCAUGUAUCCACCAUACUAUUUGCCUCCUCCAGGUUUCAUUCCCCGUUCUCCAAACUCGAUAACGUCGGAAGAUGAUGAUGAUGACACAGAAGUACGUAUUAAUGGUAUGCCACCGAAUCGCCGAGCAUUUAAUAAAUUAUGUGGAAGUGAAAAUAGUUUUGAAUAA